AUGGCCGAAGACGACGGCUCAUCUCCGAACCCCCUAACCGGGCUUGAUGACUCCGAUGUUCAAACCAACAUCUACGAAGGCGGCUACAAAACCUGGGAAUGCAGCCUCGAUCUCGCGCGCUACCUCCUCGACCGCGGCCCCCGCAAAGACCUCGACGACCUCGUGCGCGUCAAUCACGUUAUAGAAAUGGGCUGCGGAACAGCCAUUCCUUCCCUCUUGCUCUUCCAAUAUGCGUUAAAGAACGGGCUGGGGAUGUACUUCACACUGACGGAUUAUAACGCUGAUGUGUUACGGCUGGUCACUUUGCCCAAUCUUGUGUUGACCUGGGCAAGCACGCUCGACGAGCAGAGGAGCAAGGAAGUGUUCGGCGAGGCGGGGAAUCCGCUUGCGAGUGGCGGAGGGGAAGAAGAUAAUGGCGAUGUAUACCUGACGCCUGAAGUGCUUGACGCAUUCAAAGCACAAUUCAAAGCCACAGGACUAACACUCACCCUCCUCUCCGGCUCCUGGCUGCCGACCACCACCCUCAAAUCACUCAUCCCCUCCUCUCCCGAACUCAAUACGCUCAUCCUCGCAUCAGAGACUAUAUACUCUCCAGGCAGCCUCGUAGCGUUCACAGAUGCGAUGGUCGAGCUGAUGCAGCGCGUGAAGAGCGGGAAGGCGCUUGUUGCGGCGAAGAGGCACUACUUUGGGGUUGGCGGGAGUGUGGACGAGUUUCGGGAGGAGUGUGGGAAGAAGGGGUGCGUGGCGUAUGAGAUGGAGUUUGAAGGGUUGGAGAAGGGGGUUCGGAGGGCGAUUUGUGAGGUGCAGAUGUGUUGA